UUUUCCGUGGCCAGAAUGAAUUUUGUUGGGUCAUUUGUUCUUUUCCUGCAAAAAUCAAUGUUUCAGUUUCUCAAGUUUCUCUCCGACCUAUAAUGGUGUUUUGUUGUUGAAUGAUCUACCAAUAAAAUUAUCGGAGUGUUUGUCGCAAAGUUUCAGCAGAAAGGUACAAACUUUCCAAGUUUGAAGGAGAAGGUAAGUGAAGGGUAUUAUGGCACAGUUCACUACGCAGGGUCGGCUGAAGCUGCUCUUCAAUGGGGAGGGCGUGUCUUCUAUUUUGGAGCAGAAGGACCCUUUUCUCUACAAGUGCAGAUCAGUUCAGACCAGCAAGCGAAGACCAAGGUGCAUGGGUUCUUCUGCUAGGAUUUACUAUGCUUCAAAAUCAUCUUUGUGUAACAGAAGCAACCGUUGUAAUGCGCGGACAAGCUCCACUGCUGGAAAUGGGAGUGUUCAUGAUGAGGAUGAGGAUGACGAUGAGGACGAUGAUUUUGAUGAGGAUGAUGAUGUGUUUGACGGAGAUGGCUUGUCUUGCUUCCGUGGUUUGGUGUUGGACAUAGCUUACAGGCCAGUAAAUGUCGUAGGCUGGAAACGUGCUAUAUGUUUGGAGUUUAUGGAGAAGGCUGAUGUACUGGAGUAUUAUACUAAGACAGUGAACUCCCCUAGUGGAUCUUUCUAUAUACCAGCUGUCUUAAGGGUUCCUCAUUUACUUCAGGUUGUUAAAAGAAGAAUAAUCAAGAACAAUCUUAGUCGAAAAAAUAUACUAUUUCGAGACAAUUACACCUGUCAGUAUUGCUCUUCACGUGAGAAUUUGACCAUUGAUCAUGUUGUGCCCGCUGCGUUAGGUGGAGAAUGGACAUGGGAAAAUCUAGUGACUGCUUGUGCCAAAUGCAACUCCAAAAAGGGUAAAAAAACUUUGGAGGAGGCAAAAAUGAAGUUGAUUAAGGCCCCAAAGGCUCCAAAGGACUAUGACAUUCUUGCCAUACCUCUAACUGCUGCGGCCCUAAGAAUGCUGACAUUAAGAAAGGGAACACCUGAAGAAUGGCGUCAGUAUCUUAGGUCUCCUUGAGUUAACACUCGGUGAUAGCUGUAUAGUCCUGCAUGUCAUGAAAACUGAAUUUAUCCUUGGGCACCCCCCAGAAUAAAUAGAAAUUGAAGAAAGAAAAAAGAAAAAAGAAAAUCUUGAUUUUUAGGUUAUUUUAAGAUACUUCAACUUUGUAAAGAAAUUCAUUGUAAACAAGGCUCUCCAAUCACAACGAU